UGCCCGGCCAGGGUCCCUGAGGUCUGGAGGCCCCGGAGGGAGGGAGACAGCGGGGUCCCUCGGGCGGGGGUGGGGCUGCCUGUUUCCUGCUGGAGGGGCCCUGUGAGGGGCUGGGGGAGCCCUCCUCUUGCCCAGUCGGGCCUGUCUCCCUGUCUCAUCCCCACCCCCUGGGCACCCCUUCUGCCCAAGAACCUGAGAAGUGGGCUGCCCUGAGGGCAACAUCCCGGGGGCCUCUGACGCUGGGAGACUGGGCAGGGAGAGGCCCCGCGUGGGGAAGCCAUGCUCACGCGGGAGCCAGCAGCCCCUAUCUCCCAGGCCCUCCUGCUCCUGCUGGGCGCCCAGGGCCGGGGCGGCACCCCCAGCUCCAGGUGUGACUGUGCCCCCGACUCUCGGAAGAGGACGGAUCCACUCUGCUGCAGGGGCUGCCCGGCAGGGCAAUACCUAGUGGCCCGCUGCACAGAGCCCUGUGGCAACGCCACCUGCGUCCCGUGCGCCCAGGGCACCUUCCUGGCCCGGGAGCACCACCAUGAGACCAGCUGCGCCCGCUGCCAGGCCUGCGACGAGCAGGCCUCCCAGGUGGCCCUGGAGAACUGCUCGGCAGUGGCCGACACCAGGUGCGGCUGCCCACCAGGCUGGUUUGUGGAGUGCUUGGUCCCACACUGCAUCGGCGGCGCGCCCUUCCUCUGCCACCCGUGCCUGGACUGCGGGGCCCUGCACCGCCACACGCGGGUGCCCUGUUCCAGCAGAGACACUGAAUGUGGCGCCUGCCUGCCUGACUUCUAUGAACAUGGCAACAGCUGUGUGUCCUGCCCCACGAGCACCCUCUGGAGCUGCCCUGAGGCCUGCGCGGCUGCCUGCGGCUGGAGGCAGAGUAGGUGGCAUGCUGGGGAUCCAGCAGGAGAGCUGGGAAGGGCCGCGGGGAGCCUGGGGGUGGUUACCACCCAACACCCACCAACUGCUCCCUCAGUGUUCUGGGUCCAGGUGCUCCUGGCAGGCCUGGUGGUUCCAUUUGUGCUUGGUGCCACCCUAACCUACACAUACCGCCGCUGCCAGCCCUGCAAGCCCAUGGUUCCUGCAGAUGGAGCCGGGAUGGAGGCCCUGACCACCCUGCCGACCACCUGCCUCUUGCCCCCUGAGAGUGCCCACCUCCUUCUGGUGCCACCCAGCGGCAGUGAGAAAGUCUGCCCCGGCCAGUUGGGAGGCCACAGCUGGACCCCUGGCUGCCCCCAGACCCAGGAAACGCCUGGCGCGGAGGUGCCAUGGUCCUGGGACCAGCUGCGCAGCAGAGCUCUGGGUAAGAGACUUCACCCCAUUCGCCCAAGUCCCAGGUGAAAGCUGUGGUUUCCUGGGGCGCCGUUGCCCACUUCCCGUUCCCUAACUAACCGGGAGGACCUCCCAGGCCCUGGCCGCAGACCGCAUUCCCAGGGUCUCUCUGGUCUG